ACGCAAAAUAUUCAAAACUACAAACAGUUGAAAUGGUAGCUGCUACCAAAGAGAAAUCUUGUAUGAUAAAGUUUUUGGGAAGAAUGAAAUUUAUUUAUUUGUGUGCGAUGUUCUAUUAGUAAUCCUCCUAUCCACAGUGAACUAUAAAAUUGUUAUUUUUGACCGCAAAAUGAUGUGUUUUAUGGAAUGAACACACCUAAUAAACGAUUUCUCAUUAAGUGUUAAUCCCGCUGGAUUAUCGGUUCAAUCUAUUUAUAAAAUCAAUUCAAACAUAAGGAGGCGCAUAUCUCACCGAUGCUGGAAUCAAUUUGUUCAUGUCGCCUUCGGUGCGAAUAAGGUCCACCCCAAGAGCCUAAGUUACCCGCCGGCAUGGCGGCGUUGGAACAUCCGGAUGCCAUGCUGCCGUACUCCGAACUGCUGUCAACAGCGCUGACUGUGGCCAGUGGAAACCCGAACUCCUCGGAUGCCACUUUGCUGCCCAUCCAGGACACUGCGGCACCAGCUGGCGAAGUGAUGGCCACCGGAGCCGAGAAGGUGGGUGUGCCCUCGAUGAACUCCUACCUGGUGAGCAUGGCGUGGCCCAAGUCGCUGGCGGUGGCCGUCUUCCUGGUCAUCAUCCUGGUCACCGUGUUGGGCAACACACUUGUCAUCCUCGCCGUCCUGACCACUCGCCGCCUGCGCACGGUCACCAACUGCUUCGUGAUGAACUUGGCCAUCACCGACUGGCUGGUCGGGACCUGCGUGAUGCCUCCAUCGGUGGUUCUCUACAUAACAGGCACCUGGCGCUUUGGCUGGAUACUGUGCGACAUUUGGGUCUCGCUGGACAUCCUGCUCUGCACCGGCUCCAUCCUCAGCCUUUGCGCCAUCAGCCUGGACAGGUAUCUCGCCGUCACACAGCCACUGACGUACUCCAAGAAGCGCCGCUCGAAGCGACUGGCCCUCCUCAUGAUUCUCGUCGUGUGGAUAACGGCCCUGUCAAUCACAUGUCCACCCUAUUUGGGCUGGUACGAGGCUGGGCGGCACCAGGCGGAGUUCGUGGACUGUCGCUACAACCAAAACAAGGGCUACGUGGUCUUCUCGGCGAUGGGAUCGUUCUUCAUCCCCCUCACCGUGAUGCUGUACGUCUACGUUAAGAUUGGUUAUGUCCUCACGUCGCGGCGACAGCGCAUUGUGCGCGAUGCGCACUCGGAGCGCACGGCGGACUACGAUGUGGAUGGGGACAACUUCAUCUCGGAGUCGGAGCACUAUCAUUGCACGCCAACCAAGUGGCUGCCGAACAGGAGGUCUCGCUGGAGGUUCAACUCCCUGCACGACCCACCCGGCGCCACCACGAAUGCAGCCAAAGGACACCAGUCGUCCGUCAAGUGUUCCAAGUGCUCCUCUGCCUCUGGAACUGUAGCUGGAACUGGACCUGGAGCUGGAGUGGCGGACAAAACGCUAACGUUCAAACACCAGCCCACCUUCUACGAGCUGGUCGAGGUGUCGCGUCUCUCGUCGCUCAUUCACUGCUCGGCAAUUAGCUGCAAGUAUGGAGGACCCUGCAUGCACUCCACGCCCUCGAGCAUGCACUACGUGGGCACGGACGCCUCCUUCUCGGACACCUGCCUGGGUGGCAAUGCGAGUAACACCAGCACCUCCAACACCGCCGCACUGGACACCAACGAGAAACUGGAGGCGGAGGCCCAGCAAACGCAGAAGCAGCAGCGAUCCUCCUUCGACCACCAUCACCCACACCCACAUCCACACCACCAUGGCUCCCAGAGCCAUCACACCUAUCCCAACCAUCACCACCGCAUGCCAAUGCGAGUUUCGACCACGAAACGUGAUAGCAAGACCGCCAAGACCCUGACUAUUGUGAUGGGCGGCCUAAUUGCUUGCUGGCUGCCCUUCUUCGUCUAUUAUCUGCUGAUUCCCUUCCUGCCGCGACCCGCCGUCCUCGAGGACCUCAUGUUCGGCUUCACCUGGAUUGGCUGGGUCAACUGCGCCAUCAACCCGUUCAUCUACGCCUUCUACAAUCCGGACUUUCGCACUGCCUUCUGGCGGCUCACUUGUCGCCCCAUUUGCAAGCAAAAGCGUCCUCCCAACCACCUGGCCAUGUUCCGUGGCUAGUUUCCGGAUGCAGAUGCAGACGCGUAUACGGAUACGGAUUCAGAACCGACUUCCGAAUCACUGAACACUUUAUUGUGUGUAAUAGUCGCAGUCCCCAGUCGCACAAUCGACGCUCACUUGGGGGUGGUGGGGGAAAUAUCUCAGGCAUAUCCUUAGCUUUUCGCCGUGCUGGUUCAUCGACUUCUUUGUUUUCACCUUACAAAAACAUAUUUGUGCUAAUAAGUGGUGGGAACUACUUACGCACAUUUUAAUCUUUGUGAAAAACAGAACAAGUAGUGCCAAUGCAAGGGCAUCUAAUUCACUCUAGACUAGAGUGCAGAUAGAACAUAAAAUUGAAUUUUAGAAGUACAACUAUUUAUACCCCUUAUUUUUACUCUUCAUGUUAGAGGAAACUCAUUGUUACAUAUAAUUAAAUCAAUUGAAGAUGAUGAAUUUAAUUCACGCUUUAUACCCAUAAAAACAGAAAAUAUAGGAAAUAGUUUAAGGCACAUUACCAAAAGUUAUCACGCAUGUCCCUCCAGAAAUUGAAACUAAUAUUUUAGGAAACAAAGCCAAUGCAGCGACCUUUUAGCCAACUCCUGGCAACUACCUCACCAACUGAGUAUUCAUUUGCAAGGCACUAAGCUGUUUGCCGCACUCUAUCCAUCCUUUAUGCCAAACGCAGCUGGUAAAACUUAGAUACUUACGGUCAAUAUUUAUUUUAACAAAGAUUGCCUUGUUAAACCCCAAAAUGGACUGCCUUUUCAAGCUUUGCAAGUCGCACUUCGAGCAGUAUCUUAAAGGUCAAUUUACGGGCGCCUUUUUUCGCAAGACUCACUGGACUUGGCCGGAAGUUAAGAUUCUUGCUUAGACCAGAUCCAAAUCCUAUACGAGUAUAUAGUGUUUUCCAGAGUGAGCGUUGAUUGUGCGAGGCGAGCGGAACGAAGCGAAACGAAACAAAAGACAAAUUAUAGUAUUUGCGAGUCUUUGUAGCCCGACGGCAACUGUUGACCAUUGGGAUGAGUAGGAUGAUGAUGGUGAUGUUGGUGAUGUCCUCAUCCUUAUGCCUUUUUUGUGUGCGUCUAGUUUGUCUGUAUAGUGGUGAGCUGCCAACGACAUGUCUGGCGAAUCCUUUGUUGGCCAAGUCCGGUCAAGCCCGGCCUAACCCCGCAGGCACGGUACACUGUCCACUGUCCAGUUUCUGGUGUCCACUGUCCAGUCCAAUCCGGCCAACCCAUUUAAUGUUUAAGCAAUCGCACACGGCACUCCGUGCUCCGUGCUCCUCGACGGGCGAAAGUGAAACUGUAACUAAAACUAGGCCGGAUUUCAAACUGCACUUGAGCCUGCCGGGAGUUUAGAUGGCCUCUGGAAACCCCUUUGUGCGCGCACUAGGAUCGUUAAGCAUUUUAGCCCAACUAAUUUGUAUAGUUGUAUUAUACAUAUGCCAUACCCAUUAUAUAGUACUUGUGACCGUGUGUGACUCUGUUUAACUAUGUGUACUUGAUAAAUGUUCACCUGGAAUGGAUCUCUGUAAGGAACCUAUCGGCCAGCCGAAAGAGUUCCUAACUAAUA